AUGGUAAUCAAAAGGAAUAUAAGGAACGAGGCAGUGAAGAUGGUUAGGGUUUAUAUAGGGGAAGCAAUUACUGUUAAUGGGCCGAUCUUUGUUGAGAUGGUUACGAGGAUGGAGAUAAGAGAGGGAGGUGGUGGUCUGUGUAGGAAGAGAGGGGAUGGACAAAAUGAGGGGUUUGCAGUAAAUGUGGGUGGUGGGGAGGGGAAGGGGCUUGUAAAGAAAAUUAGGAAAGGUGUGGGUUCUGAAAAUGGAGUGCUGGAAGUUAAUGUGGGUGGGAGUUGGAAUGAGGCAGUGGAGAUGGUUAGGGUUUAUUUAGGGGAAGCAGUUACUGUUAAUGGGCCGAUGUUUGUUGAGAUGGUUACGAGGAUGGAGAUAAGAGAGAGAGGUGGUGGUCUGUGUUGGAAGAGAGGGGAUGGACAAAAUGAGGGGUUUGCAGUAAAUGUGGGUGGUGGGGAGGGGAAGGGGCUUGUAAAGAAAAGUAGGAAAGGUGGGGGUUCUGAAAAUGGAGUGCUGGAAGUUAAUGUGGGUGGGAGUUGGUUUAUAUUAAUGUUGAUGCUAGAGAGGGAUGUUCGAGUGGAGAUGGUUAGGGUUUAUUUAGGGGAAGCGGGUGCUGUUAGUGGGCUGGUGUUUGUUGAGAUGUUUGCGAGGAUGGAGUUAAGAGAGAGAGGUGGUGUUCUGUGUAGGAAGAGAGAGGGUGGACAAAAUGAGGGGGUUGAAUUGGUUUAUAUUAAUGUCGAUGCUGGAGAGGGAUGUUUGAGGGUUUGUAUUGAUGUUGAUGCCGAAGAGGGAUGUUUAAGGUUGCCUGAUGGGAAUCUGGAGCCUGCUGAUAAUCCUGGAAAGGAAAGUUUUGAGGGAGGGGGUGGUGAAAAUGUGGUGAUGAAAGUUAAUAUGGGUGGCUGUAGGGUUUUUAUUGAUGUUGAUGCUCGAGAGGGAUGUUUGAGGUUGAAUUUGGAGUUGGGGACUGCUGAUAUGCCUGCAAAGAAAAGUAGAGCUCAAAAUCAGUCUCGAAGAGAUGCUGAUGCAUGUAAUCCUUCAGUCAAUCACCCUGUUGAACCUUCUGCAGAAAACCUGAAUCAAACAGAAGUGGAUGUAGCCAAUCCUUCCACUAAUCAGACUGUUGUACCUUCAAAUGCUACUGCUCGUACCUUUGAAUGGGACGAUGCAAUAGAUGGCUCACCUGAAGGAACAGGAGAUCAGAUGAAUAGAUUUCGUUUGGAUAGCCCUAAGAGAAGCCGACUCUCCAUUGAAGAAACCCAAACUGGCACAGAGAUAACUGAGGUUGAUUCGAAGGAUAAGUCGAGGAACAUAACGAAGAUAUAUGUGGUUGAUACCGUCAGGUAA